AUGGUCGGCGGCCAGCAGAGAAGCGGCGCUGGUCGGCGGCCAAGGAAGGGGCGGCGGAGGGCGACAUCCAGGGGAUGGGCACCAGUGGGCGGCAAACAGGGCAGGGGAGGCGCAACGACGGGCGGCGUACAGAGCAAGGAGGGGUGCCGGCGGGGGACGGACAACGGCGGCCAUGGGGGAUUCUGCAUGGUGGUUGGUGGUCGGCGGGUCGAGGAUCUCCGAUUCCCGGCCGUCUGGUCGCCGGCGAGCAUCCAGGGAAGGUUGGUCGGGUGGAGGCCGGCGGCCAUGGGGGGAGUGGCAGAGGCCGGCGCCUACGGGGGUUGUGGCUACGGGGGUCGCGGCGGCCGGCAACCAGAGGAGGGGCGCGGGAGCAGGAGAGGGUGCGGGAGAGCUGCGAUGGGGCAUGCGGGAGCGCGUGUGAGAGACGGGCUGAGGUCUGGGGGUGGGCUGCGGGAUUCACGAGACAGUAUGCGGGAUGGACUCAGCCAAGCUGAGUUGUGA